AUGCCUCAGGUUAAUCCAGAUCUCGAGGCGUUCCCCGUUCCACGAACCAGCCCUCGCCGUCAGUCCCUGCAUCUUGAGCAAGCUAGGGCAAGACUCUGCAAGCGGCUUGAGCCCUACAGACUCCGUUGGGUGAAGGACCUUGGACAUGGCGGCUUUGGGUUGGCUUCGCUGUUCCGCUUGCAUGAACCCGGCCGGAGCACGCCUCCCAAGUACUAUGUGGCCAAGACUAAUUACAAAGAAGAGCGUGUAUACGUGUUACAUCUUGAGGAUGAGAAACUCAUGACCAAAACUUUCAAAGGUGCAAUGCACAUCGUCCGAGUGCGUUUGUUCCCGCCGUAUCAGAAAAGGGUCGUGAGGGGGUCGGCGAGACUCCGGGCCCAGCCAGACUACGUCCCACCCGAUUACAAACAGGCGGAGAAUGACCAAACGGGCACCAUGCUGCUCGAGUACUACCCCCGAGGGAGCUUGGACAAGGCCAUCCAAGCCGCAGUGAAGAAGGACAUGCGGUUUCCGACCCGGGGUUUGUGGAAGUUAUUCCAGUGCCUUGUUAAAGGGUGCAUCGCGAUGGCCUAUGAACCGGCGAAGUAUCCCACGCUCUACAACGGAGCGGGCCCCCACGACGAACUGAUGAUGCCCACUGCGACGGCAGAGAAAACCGUACAUUUUGAUCUAGACCCGCAAAAUGUUCUCGUCGGAGCUAAUACCGCUCCUGGCACUGCGCAUGCUUUGUUUCCAGUACUUAAGAUUUCGGACUUUGGGCUGGCCCAAUAUUUCAAUGAUGAAUAUUUACAGGAAGAUGACAACAUGUACAGGCUACGUCACUAUGGGAAAGCUAACUUCCUGACCCCGGAACAAUUCACCGGCGAAUGGGAUUACAUCCCCCGCAAUUCUGGCCCCGGGACAGUCCAAACCCCCAACGCAAUACCCGUUGUAGCGGGAAAUUGGUCCUAUAAGUACAACCUAUUCCAGGUCGGUUGGAUCAUGGGCUGCUUACUUGAACGGAGCUACCCACCAGUGCCCCCCUUUGCCCAACGGAUCGCCGUCCCCUGGAGACUCGUGAACCCGCUGUAUUACCACGGGGAGCCCAACUCAUACCCUACCCGCUACGGCCCGGGCGAAAACACCCAGGCCCGUCAACAUGACGGAAACGUGCACCCGGACGGUACUCGCAUUCCAAAUACGCUCGAUAAGGUCAGCGCUUACUCGUAUGGCGAAUACCUGGUGGAUCAUGACUCGAAUAAAACGCAUGACCAUAACCGCCUCGAUGUCGACCGGGUGGGGCCGAGGUUAGAGAACAGGCAGGAUCGCGGAUCUCCCCUUCCUGAACCUGCACCGCCGAUGUAUGCGGACGAAUCGUUCCUCCGCGACUUGGUCGCCAUGUGCCUUUGUGAGAAACCUUACUACCGGCCGAGUUUGACGUGGCUCCAGAAAGAGAUUGAAACGUUCAUGGAGAAGUUCUAUGGCCGCAUUAAUGAGGAGGAUGAGAACAAUCAGGAGAACAAAGAUUUGAGGGAUUUCGUAAGGGAGAUCUUUGAUAGACCGCCACCGCCACCACCACCACCGCCGCCGGCCGCAGCGAGGAAGAAAAGGAGGAAUAUGAAGGGGAAAUACCCGACCGAUGCGCAGCUGGCAAAGGAUAGAAAAGAGAAACGGCAGAAAAAGCAAGAACGAGAGGCCCAGCUCCAGGCGGAACAAGAAGCAAGGGAUCGGCAGAGACAGCUGGACGCGGAGGAGGAGCAAGACGGGGCAGAAGACGGCGAGCAAAAUCAGGAGGAUCAGGAUGGCGGUGAAGACCAGGGGGUGUAA